AUGUUUGCCAUAAAAGAUGAUAUACCUUACGUCAUCGCGCAGUCUCAAAUUAUACCACAGAUACCAACCUGUUACGAUUUCUACGACGGAAUCCUUGCUUUCGGCACUCCAACCGGAAAGAUAAUUUUCGCAGACGUUUCAGAAGGGAAAUACACACAGAACUACCUUGCAUCCAGCACAUCCAUUGAAAAGAUCAAGUUCCUUACCAAAGAUGUCCUUCUGUGGUACUCAAAAACCGAGUGUGGAUCAAUAAAUCUUCCCAAGCGCCAAGUUAUUCCAAUCCACACUCGCCUUGGCCCUGCCACAGACCUAAUAUGUUCAGAGGAGCUCGGCGUUUUCGUCCACGGCAAAUACGACCUUGGUAUUUUUUAUGAUGUCAAACAAAAGCCGAUGACUCUUCAAACAUCCAUCACCGCUGUUGCAGUCCAAGUAUCCAGAAUACCAGCAACAUGUUUCCAAGGCGAUACUCCCAAUUUCGCCGUAUUAUUAUCUACCGGAGAAAUCCAAGUCUACACAUACAAGAACGGCAUAGCACAGAUGCCUGUUCUGAGGCUGCGUAACUCACGGGAGAACUCCAGGACAACUUGUCUUGCUUGGAAAGGCGAUUGCAUCAUAACUGCUGACACAGACGGCGUAAUUAUGUUUUACGACUUUGCUUUCGGUACAUCGAAGCAAACAUACUCUCCUUUCAUCGACAUAGACAGGAUAGAGUUCGAGAGAUCAUCCAGCGGAUUGUACGUACACGCGAGAGACGGAAAAUUUG